AUGUCGAACCCAAAGGAACCGUCGCCGGGCGAUAAAGUUAUCGACGACUCGAACAAGCGCGCUCUCGAAACCACCGUCACUGGAACGCUGUCUGAGGCUUCAACGAGCGAUGAUGAAAAGGCGAAGUCGGGAGACGCACUGGUGAAUGAUGAUGUUGAAUAUGUCAACGGCUAUCCGGUCAUUCGCACUGGAGCUGAUGUGUCCAAGUUCGUAGUAUCGGUUCGCGACGACGGCGACCCUGCCUUGACGUUUCGCUCCAUCGUCCUCGGUACCGCACUUACCGCCCUCGCCAGCGUUAUCACGAUGCUCUAUACGUUCAAGCCGACUCAAAUGGCAGUUUCUGCAGUUUUUCUCCAACUCUUGGUGUUCAUAUUUGGCGAGGCCUGGGCCCUAGCAACGCCGCGGCCGGAUCGUUUUAAAUGGCCUCUGCUGCAGAAAGUCCUUCGAUUUACCAACUCCGGUCAACCAUUUGGCAUUAAAGAACACGUUGUUGCAUCUCUUAUCGCGUCUUCCGGCAAUAAUGGAUUGUCCGGAAUCGAGAUCUACGCUGUGGAGCGCCUCUUCUAUGACCGCGAAGUCACGGCCACUACUGUGGUACUAGCCACCUUCUCAAUCUCUCUCUGCGGCUUCGUCCUCGCCGGCCUUCUUCGCCCAUUGGUCGUGUACCCGGGCGAGAUGGUCUACUGGGGCACUCUUCCCCAGGUAGUCCUCUUCCAAAACCUGCAUUUUGACCGCAUCGCCAACCGCGACCGCCUAAGGAAGUUCGGAAUCGCUAUGGGAAUCGCGGCUGUGUGGGAGCUUUUUCCAGCUUACAUGGUGACCUGGUUUGGCGGCAUUUCCAUAUUCUGCCUCGCGUCCAUGGGCGCGCCGACCAAUACUCGCACCGUCAUCACAACCAUCUUCGGCGGAGCAUCUUCGAACGAAGGCAUGGGCUUGCUCAACUUCUCGCUGGAUUGGCAGUAUAUUCAAAGCACGUAUCUUGCGCUCCCUUUUAAGCAACAGGUGAAUUCAUGGAUCGGUUAUGCCAUAUGGUACAUCGUUAUGCCAGCACUCUUCUACAGCAACACCUGGAGUGCCAAGUCAUUCCCCUUUAUGUCUACAUCCCUCUUCGCCAAUAACGGCACUAGAUGGGCGACGACGUCGGUACUGAACGACCGUGGGAUCAUCGACUACGGCAAGGUCGACCAGGCUGGCCUGCCAAAUCUGUCGUCUAGUACGGUCUGGGGCUAUCUCACUGCCAGCAUGGCAAUUGGCGCGCUGAUUACCCACGUCAUCAUCUUCUAUGGAAAAGAUAUGAAAGAGGCGUGGAAGAGUGCUCGUACCCAGACCCAACCUGACAUUCACUACCAGGCAAUGCUGAAAUACAAAGAGACUCCAAUGUGGUGGUACCUCGCUCUCUUCGGCCUCACCUUCAUUGCCGGUUUGGUUGUCAACAUCAUCGGCGAGACAACGUUGCCUUGGUGGGGCUACAUAGUCGCACUGCUUCUUGGCACCAUCGUCGCGCCAUUUUCAUGCAUUCUCAACGGCCUCUUCGGAAGCGGAGUCAGCACCAACCAACUCUCCAAAAUGUUUGCUGGGUUUCUCCACCCUGGUAGACCCCUCGCGAAUCUCUUCUUCGCAAGUUGGUCCCAUCAAGUUAUCCUUCUCGCCGUAAGCCUCGCCAACUGGCUGAAGGUGGGUCAAUACACCAAGGUCCCACAUCGCGUCAUGUUCUGCACCCAGAUCUACGGCACUUUACUUGGUGCUGCGUUGAACUACGCUGUGAUGACCACAAUUGUGACGAACCAACGGGAGGUUCUCCUCGACCCCAUUGGUACUAUCGUCUGGAGCGGUUCUUCUAUGCAGAGUCUGAACUCUCAAGCCAUUACGUGGGCGCUCGCCAAAGAGAUGUACGGCCCAUCAGGUCGCUAUUUCGUCGUUCCCCUAGGGCUCCUCAUCGGCGCAGCCCUCCCGAUCCUGCACUGGGGUCUAAUCAAACUGGUUCCUCGAAUCAAGGAUUGGCCAAUCAACACAACCAUUAUCAUUGCAUCUGCUGGCGGUACAUUCUUCGGUAAUACGUCGUGGAUCUGGUCUUCCAUCGCAGUGGGCGUCUUCUCUCAGUUCUGGCUCCGUCGCAGAAGACCGCGAAUCUACAACAAGUACAACUAUCUCAUUGGGGCUGCGCUGGACGGAGGAUCCCAACUUAUCAUCUUCAUCCUGUCGUUCGCAGUGUUUGGUGCAAGUGGCAACCCGCACCCGUUCCCAACGUGGUGGGGAAAUCCGUCGGAUACCAACCCGGAUCACUGCUUGUGA